AUGACUGCAGAAUUUGAACAAAAUGCAAUUUUGCUUGCGUCACCCAUGAUAGUCAGUGGGCUUGCUGGUAUUUUGAACAUAUACAUGUUUCUUACCGGUGUUUUCAAGGCAUCCGAACCGCCGAAUCAGGUUUCGAAAGAAGCGGUUUCUGAUAGCAAAUACACAAAAGUGAUAUAUCUGAUGCUUGAUGGGCUUAGGUUUGAUUCUACAGUUGCUGUUAAGAAGGAAGGAUGUAUAUUCAACAAGAUGCAGCAUUUGAACGCUAUUAAAACAAAAUACCAUGCACUGAGUGUUAGCGGAAUGCCGACUGAAACAAGUGCUAGAGUUAUUGGGCUCACCACAGGCGCGCCUAGCAAUUUCUUGACAAGCAUUAUUGCUCUACAAGGGACGGUCAUCAACAAAGACAACAUGGUUGAUCAGCUGCUUAAAGAUGGGCGAUCAUGCGUAUUCUUUGGAGAUUGCCAGUGGACGAAGUAUUUCCCAGUGCUGAAGUCGUGGCCUCACUUUACGAUAGAUGCAUAUGGCAGGCAUGAAAUAAGAACACAGGAAGACAUGCUAAUCGAAAAGAUCGUGGAAAGUGUGAAUAGCUAUGAUGUGAUAAUUGCGCACCUGAUAAACCUUGACUCAUAUGGUCACAUAUACGAGACCAUCGAUCAUGAGAUGAUGCAGUAUGAAAUAGAAGUGUAUGAUAAGCUCAUACACGACAUAUACCAGAAAAUGUCGACAGACACAUUAUUGGUAGUGUGCAGUGACCAUGGCGUUGAUGACAAUGGCGCACAUGGGGGAGUAUCUACAUUGGAGAUGGCAUCUGUUGCAACCUUUAUCUCUAGGGACGAUAGAUUUACAGGCAUAUUGCCUCUGGAAGGCGCUGCUAAAGAUGCUAGAAGAAGAUGCAUAUCGAAGACAUAUGAUGAUGGCCAGGAUGUUAUCAAAAGCACAAGCUCGUAUCCAAUAAUUCAUCAGGACGAUAUUCUGCCGACGAUGUGCUAUUUGAUGGGCAUUCCAAUUCCAAGGCUUUCUGGAGGCAAUUUUGUUCAUGAGCUGGUUUCAGAGGUUGAGGCGUACAGAAAAUAUGCACAACAGAAGUAUGAUCUCCUUGGAAUGCCAAUCAAAGUAGACACAAACAAUCGAGAUGAGCUUGUGCAUUUGAAUUACAUGCUUAGUGAAAGCAUACUAAAAAGACUUGCAGGGCGAAACUAUACAAGGCUAGGCCUAUCGGUGGCUCUAUCACUAAGCAUUGCGGUUGCUAUGCUAUUCAGACUUUCAAAGUCGAAGUUUACUAAGCUUCGAAUCGUGUUGGCAUUUGUGCUUGUGAUGACUGCACACUCUGUAUUUUCGAUCAUUCACGAAGACUAUCUCUGGAUAGCGUUGUUUCUGGUGUCCAACCCAUCGAUAAAAAACCUGCUUGGCGCAAUAAUGUUCUUGCAGAUUGCACGGCCAGGAUCAAGCAUGAAUGCAUUUUAUGUGCUUGUUGUUGAGAGAGUUAAACUUUGUCCGUUCUUUGAUGGAAACUGGCUGUUUAUUGCUGAGCUGCUCCUUUUUGCAAUGAUUAACAACAGGAAGCAUUUUGAAAUUUCCUUGAAAUACGUUUGUAAUAGUGCAGCAAUUGUAUUUAAUAAGCAUCCGCAGAUGAUUUUUUCAAUCAUGAAAUACUUUUUGCACAGUAGACUAGAGAGCGCAGAGUGGAGGCUAUGCUUACUUGUACAAUAUCCCUGUAUUGAUAGUCUGCUUGCAUUGAUUCUUAGGCCGAUGGAGUCGGUGUAUCUGAUAUACAUACUUAGGAAUCUUGACAUAUGCAGCAAUCCAGAAACAUACUUCUCAUUGACCAAUAUGGCGUUCUUCUCCUCUGGACUGUGCAAACUAUUGCAGUCUAUCAACUACAGUGUGUUUUUUGCUUUUUCUGACAGAUUCAUCGCCAUUCCUUCAAUUGUAAUAGCGUUUUAUUAUUUCAUGUAUCCAAGGCUCAGGGCGAUUUUAUUGAUCAAGAAUAGUGAAAGGCUUAAAAGAGCAAAUGGUAAGCAUGACAGCAAUGCUGCUUUUGAAGAUCUCACAGAUGUGGUGUUCUCGUUUUCCAGUCUCAACAUUCUACUUGUUAUGUGGUCUGGAUAUGCAAUCAGUGACUCUCUCUCAUUCUACAAGUUUUUAGGUGUUAGAGCAUUUUUUGAAUAUCUAUACUACUUGUGUGACAUUACCUUGUUUUUCAUAUUCAGGAUAAUUAAAGCAAAGCUCUGA